ACCAACCUCUCCAACUGGUUCAAUGACGUCUGGCACUGUUGAUCCGACCUCUCCACCUGGUUCAGUGACCUCUGGCCCAGUUGAUCCAACAUCUCCACCUGGUUCUGUAACAACACCUUCAAUACCAACUACUGUGACAUGUCACAAUGGUGGUACUUAUAAUGGAAAAAUCUGCAUAUGUGUCCUUGGGUUUUCCGGUGAUAAUUGUCAAAAUGCGGUACCAGUAAAGCCAGGUGCAUUUAAUCAGUCAGUGAUCAUUAAUGUGGUGGUCAUGAAAGUUUACAUUCCAGAGUAUGACAACCCAUCAACAAAUGAAUACAACGAAUUUGUUGAAAAUUUUCUGAAUAUGAUGAAACCAAGAUACAAAGACGUUCCAUUUUUCAAAGAUGUUAUUGUGACCAAGUUAAGCCGCACAGGUCCUGCUUCAACAUUUGAUCACACUGCAGAGGAGAUAAGAGAAGUCAAAGCAAAGGCAUUCAACUUUAAAGAAAGCACAGACAAUGUAAAUGUCGCACAUGAUGUGAUUCUGGAAGUUAAUAAUGGCAACCAUGAAGCUCAAUAUAAUCAGAGCUUUGAAAAGGUUGGAGAAAUACUUACAGAAGUGGAAGGUUAUGAUAAUAUUUCAGACACCACAUUCAAGAAAACAUCCGUAGACAAGAAAGGUAAGUGUUUAAGCACAUAA